GUACCAUGGUCCUCUGGACAACCUCCAGUGGCUGGGUGUGCUUGGCAACCACGACUGGGGAGGAUGGAACUACCUCUCCGCGUGGGACCAGAUGAUCUCAUACACCUGGGGUGGCCCAGGCUCUACCAACCGCUGGUUCCAGCCAGCUCUCUUCUACAAGCUCCGGGCGAUUUACCUCAAGGACCCCACAGCAGGUCCCGAGGUCGAAGAGGGCUUUGUCGUCGACUACUUCUUCCUGGACACCAACAUGUACGACGCUUUCGAUCCCGAGACAGAUCCGGCACACAACAUCUGCGGCACCAGUCACAACAAAGAGCUCAAAGGCUGCGAGGUGACUGGCCCAGACAGCCCGUUCGCCU